GGCGCGUUUUUUGUCGUCACGUUUCCGGAGCGCCGCGUCGCGUGCGUGUUCCCGCGAGAGGUGAGAAAGGGCGCGCAGGGUUUGAAACAUGGCGGACGACGUCGACCCGCAACAAACCACCAACACGGUGGAGGAGCCCCUGGACCUCAUCCGGCUCAGCCUGGACGAGCGGAUCUACGUGAAGAUGCGCAACGACAGGGAGCUCCGCGGCCGGCUGCACGCCUACGACCAGCACCUGAACAUGAUCCUGGGGGACGUGGAGGAGACCGUGACGACCAUAGAGAUCGACGAGGAGACCUACGAGGAGAUCUACAAGUCCACGAAGCGGAACAUCCCGAUGCUGUUCGUGCGGGGCGACGGGGUGGUGCUGGUGGCCCCGCCGCUGCGGGUGGGCUGACGCCCCGUCGCCGCCGCCGCCUUCCGGAAGAGUCCGGGCCGUCGGGAGCCAGAGAGAGCCCCCCGGCGGGGCCGGGGAUCGAACCCCCCGGUCCUCGCGCCUCCCCGACGCCCGGGGCUGCGGGUGGCCGGGCGUCCCGGUUCUGCGUUUUGUCCUUGUUUCUCCCCCAGAGCUUCCGAGAAGCGCGGCCGGCGCCCCCCGAGGCUGGGGGCCGACGUGUUUUUUUUUUUGUUUCAGUCGAGGAGCCGGUCCUUGCUGUGAACACGGCGUGGUUUUGGGAUUUUGUGGUUUUUGUGGUUUUUUGUGUUUUUUUUGUGACCUUUAAACUGGAGGCUUUCCGGGCA